GAACUGAAUCAGACACUUACAUCAGACAGGUGACGCUGCUGCCCCUUCAUAGACACGGACCGGCUCCUUUGUUUAAAGCUUUUAUUUAAUUGAUGUUUAUGCAUUUAAAAUAAUUCAAGCUGUUCAAAGUUAUCAUUUCAUGUCUCGGUGUAUUUUUUUUCUGCUUUUAGUUCUUGGUUUCUUAAUUCAGGGAAGAGUGAGACAUCGGUUUUUUGUGUUGUUAUCUGUGCUGUGACGCGGACGUGGAAGUGUGCAGUGUUGUUGUCAGCAACAGUUGCUGUUUGAGGAGUUCUGCGUCACUCUUCAGCCUCUUUGUUUAUUUAUUCAUUUUUUAUUAUAUUUAAUCUGUUUGAUUACAUGUUCAAUCAUCCGGGGUUCUGCGUCAUUACGUUGAUUGACCGGGAUAAACAGUUCACCUCUGUGGUUCCGUGCGCAGAUGAAGCGGGAAGUUUAAAAGUCGUUAGCUGCGGAGGCUAACAGGCUAACGUUAGCUGAUACUAGCUUCACAUAAAUGUAAUCAUUGGGCGGUCAGUAUGUGGUCUCAGCUCUCCGGGGACAACAGUCCUGAUCUGUCCUCCUGCAGCUCGGACACCGGGGACGUUUUGAUCCGUUCCACCAGAGUCCUCCUCUCUGACCCGAGACCUGAAGCUGGAUCCGGAGUCCACAUAACCGUUCAGAAGCUGUGGGACCCCCCUGUCCGAGAUCCUCCGCCUCCGGUCCAGAACCAACCUGUUGCCGAGCAGCAGCAGCGGCCGAAGCCUCGCAGGAGGUCGGACGGAGCUGCUCCUCAGCCGGCAGCAUUUCACCGUCCGCCCGACAGACGGACUCCCAUGAAUCCUGAGCCGACUAAAGAGAACAGACGUCCUCCUUCAGCGGAGUCCUCCAGUCCUAACAGGAAUCUCUCUGCAGGUCACAACCUUCUGACAUCACGGUUUGCUACUGGAGGUCGCGGCGUUGUGCUCGCCGCUCUGAAACAGCGGUCUCACAGUGCCCCCCUCAGGAGGGAGGUUAAAGUGCAGCUGCUGGACCCAGACCCUCCUCCAACCAGCUCCAAGGAUGCAGUGGGUGUGUCAGCGGGCCAGAUGGAGGCGGGGCUACCCUCUGGUAGCCUUGACGACGCCACCAUGGCAGCUGCAGCUGCCAUAUCUGCUGCUGCUCCUCUCAUCAAGGCUCAUUCAGAUCUAGAGGCUCGUGUGCGUCAGCUGGCUGAUGCUGUGGAGAACCUGCUGAAGGCUGACAGAGAGGGCGGGGACAGUGGGCGGAGCCUGAGCCAGCAGACACUGCAGCACCUGGAGAAGCUGCACAGCCAACAGAUGCAGCUACAGAGCCAGCUGCUGCAGUCCGCCCUCAGGAUGGUCACAGGACAUGCCCCUGUGAACUCUGACCUUGCCGUGACCUCUGACCUCACUUCUUCAGCUUCACUUGGUCAGCUACCAUGUCUGCAGGUCAGGCACCUGGAUCCUGCGGAAAACGUCCUCAGCAGUCAGCAGAACUUCUCAGUAACUGCCAUGGAGACAGGACCAGUUUCUAUGGCAACAACCCACCAUGACCAAAGGCCGAAGGAAACUAGAGAUGACAGGUAUCACAGAGGUGUAUCUAGGGUUUCCAGGGCAACCAGGCCAGCUGCAGGAAGUUGCCCACAGUCAUCUGCCAAUCACAGUAAGGCUGCAGCGAGGAGAGCAAAUGAGAUGCUGAGUGAAAUGGGACGUUUGAGGAGCGAAAUGAAGACACUGCUGACGAAAGAAGACUCUCUGAACACCACCAGACCUGGCCCAAACCAACACCAGACACAACCCCAAUCCCAGUCCUCACAGUCAAAGUCCCAACAAAACCAGUCCCAAACGAAACAAUCUCGAUCCACGCCCUUACAAUCCCAGUCACAACCUGUCGAGACCAAAUCAGACGACUUCCGACCAGAACACUCCCAGUCACUCCAACCCAACUCCAAACUACUCUGUCCCCAGUCCCAACCAUCCACAUCACAACAAACCAAGCCCCAACAAUCCCAGUCACAACAAAACCAGUUACAACCCAAACAGAACCAGUCUAAAUCACAACAGAACCAGUCUAAUUCCCAACAAAACCAGUCUGAAUACCAACUGAAUCAGUCUAAUUCCCAACAGAACCAGUCUAAUUCCCAACAGAACCAGUCUAAAUCCCAACAGAACCAGUCUUAUUCCCAACAGAACCAGUGUAAAUCCUCCCACAAGUCCCAUCAAAUCCUGUCCCUGUCCAGUGAAAGUCCUUUCCACCAAAUCCAGACCCCUCAGUCCUCUCUGGUCCAGAGGAGUCCUGCAGUGUCGUCCAUGUUGGAGGAGGCGGGUCAGGUUCUCCGUCAGGUGAGGAGUCAGAAGAAGGUUCUGGAGGAGAACCUGGAGGUCCUGCUGAGAGCUAAAACUGGUGAGAUGCUGCACUGCCAGCUGGAGGCUCUGGCUGCUAACAGAGACUGGACUGAGGAGGUCCGGAUAAAGAAGACGGUGGACGCCUGGAUCAGCACUUUGUCCAAAGACAUCAAGGCUGAGAUGGCCUCGGAGGAUGUCACCCCCUGCAGGGCUGCAGAAGCAGUGACCAAACCCUCGGCCAGCAGAGUCACGGCAGUGACUUCACAGAAGGCUGCUGGUAGCUCCGCCCACAGAGGCAGGGUUUUGAGUACGCUCAGAGGAACAGGAAGUAAGACUGCGUCAGGAAGAGGAAGAGGAGAACAGACAGCUGGAGAGGUGUUGGGGGCGGAGCCUGUCAGAGCCAAAGGUAGUCUGACAGACAGGCAGCAGGUUGAGGAGGAUGGAGAGAUGUUCCUGUCUCACAUGUACGGCAGAGCUCGGUAUGAGGGCGUGAGACGAACCCUGAAGAAGAGUCCAUACCUGCGCUUCAGCUCACCUGUAUCCCCGCUCAACAAGAAGCCCCGCCCUCGCCUGGUGGAGAGCGUCAGAGGUGUGAAGGUGAAGUCCUGUAAGACUCAGACCUGUUUGGCUCCUACCCGCACUCUGUCACCUGGGCCUCCUCAGAAUUAUUACAUCAUCAGCUCCCCCCUGACCACUGGUGACCCGGCUGACUUUAUAGUGAACCCUGCAGACCAUUACCCUGUUCCCAUGGCGAUCCCACUGGGUCGCCCCAGGAUGGACUCUUCCUCCAGGUGUCCCUCUGGGCGUCAACAGGAUGUGACAUCACCAGCCAUGGCUCCUCCCACUUAUUGUGGACAACUCCUCCCACUUACCGUGGACAACAAAACACCUGAGCUUCAGUCACAAGGGGCGGAGCAGCCAGGUGCAGGUGAAGCUCCUCCCCCUCAUGUUGAUGUCAUUGAGAGGAGGAGUGAGGAAGAGGAGGAGAGCAUCUUCCCUGGAACUGACUUCCUGUCUGUUGCUGAUGUCAUACAGCAGGAGGAGGUGACUGUGGGGGGUGAGGAGGAGGUGCAGUUAGCAGGAGGUCCGUCUCCUCCUCCCGUCCUGUAUCAGGGUCCAGUCUUCCCCCCCACAUGCCCCUCUGCUCCUCCCUCCCAGGAUCAGACCUCUGUCCUGGGCCUCCACCUGCAGAGAGAGCUGAUGGAGAACCAGUUAGUGGAGUGGGUGGAGCAGCAGCUGAUGUCCAGGAUGAUCUCAGAGAUGUACCAUCCAUCUCCCUCUGACCCCGUCCAGAAUGACUCCUAUGACCAAUCAAAGGCUGAGGAGCAGAGUAUGACCUCUGACUUCGUGGAGGCAGCAGGAGGAACAGGUCUGCAGCUGUUCGUGGACUCUAACGUGCUCGUGGACUCUUCUCUGAUUCGUCAGCUGGUUAACGAGGUUCUGAGCGAGCAGGUUGCCCUGAUGCUCGGGACCAGAGACACACAGGAACCAGUACCAGAACCUGGACCAAUAGAACCAACAGAACUAGGUCCAGAAACCAAUCAGGAGGACAAACUGGUUGCGCUGGUUCCUACACCAGUACCGACCCCUCCACCCAGCCCGACCACGCCCAUCAGAGAGACCCUGCCCCUGACCACACCCCCGCCCUCAGAAACAACCAGCCUUCUGGAGGAGUCUCCUCAGCCAAUCACAGCAGCCGAGCCCAUAGCCACGCCCACAUCAAGCCCAGAGCCCGCCCACCUUGCAGAGAGUUCUCAUGGUGUUCAUCAGGCUCUGCCCCCACCUGCCUUGGAUGAUGCUGAACUCCCAUUGGACGAGGAGAGUCCAGAGGAACACCUGGAUACACACCCACAACCACUGCUGAUGACAGUAGCAGAGGAGGAGCCCCCUCAGCCUCCUCCCUCCAUCCCUCCUGGUCCCAGACCAGAGUCGUCCUGCAGCUCCUCAGAGGAGUCCAGCUCCAGCAGCAGCUCCUCCUCCUGCUCCUCAGAGAGUGCAGGGACUGAAGCAGUUCUCAAACACAUCUCAGAGGGAGAGCUGCUCGUCAGCGUCAACCAGCUGGCAGCCGUCACAGAUGCCGAUGCUGUCUGUAGUUUCUCCAGCUCCCUACAGGAGUGUCAGGACAUGGACUUUGACCCCCCCAGUGAGGGUCAGGUCAGAGGUCAUGACCUCCUGCUGACCCUGCUGACCAAGAUGGAGCAAGGAGUCAAACACACACACAGAGGAGAGAGACCCCAGCCAGAGGGCUCCUGGGGGAGGGAGGAGGAGGUGAGCAUGGGGGAGGUGAGGGAGGUGAGGGAGGAUCCAACUACAAAACCGCACAGGACUACAAAUCCAGAGAGCCUCUGCAGGAUCACAGAAGCCCUGCAGGGUCAGACUUCCUCCCCUGGACAGAUCAGUGCCGACGUGUCAGAGGUCUGUUUUGAAGAAACCAAUCAGGACUUGUUUGCCAUGGGUGACCUGAUGGUGGAGCCAAUCAGUACUCUGACCUCUGACCUCCUAUCUGACCUGUCAACAUCUCCUCCUCACCUGGAGGACACAUGCGCUGCAGAACAGGCGGGGACAUACACAGGAGGAGCCAGGAAGAGGGAUGUUCACCUGCCCUCCAUCGCAGUGCAGGAGGAGCAUCAGGAGGAGGAGCAUCAGGAGGAGGAGACGGUGGUGGAGAAGGAGUCUCUGAGUGCAGCCGGAGACACGGACUCCUCUGUCAGCGACAUUUUCUAGAAAGAAAAAAGACACAAAACAUUGACCACCAUCUUUGUUUUCAGCUGAUUGAUGAUGUCACAGGGUGUCACAUGGAGUCUUAUGAUGUCACACGGGGUCUGAUAAUCACAAGGACAUUUAUCUUUUGUUUGGACAUCAAAUUCACAUCUAUUAUUGACCUCUUCUUAAUAAACU